AUGGAUGAAUUUACUAUGCAAAUAAUUUGCGCUAUUGCAAUGUUUCUAACAACAGCAAUUGCUGGUUUUGCUCCAUUUAAGCUUAUGACAAUGAUUUCUUCAAAUGGUGUGAUGAGUCGACGAGCAUCUAUCAUAAUGUCCAUAAUGUCAUGCUAUGCUGGUGGCAUCUUUCUAGCUACUUGCUUUCUGGAUACAUUACCACAUCUUAACGAAAAUUUUAAAAAAUUUAAAAAAAUCACAUCCUGGAAUACAACAUAUCCGGUGCCAGAAUUUCUUGUUUGCAUUGGUAUUUUAUCUGUUUAUGUUCUUGAAGAAAUAUUUACUUGGAUUUUUUCAAGAACGAAAAAAAAUCAGGGAAGCAUAAAAGAAACUGAAAUGUUGAAAUUAUCAAAAGAUAAUGCUAUGAAAUUGGAACAAGAAAUGGUAUCAUUACGUGAAUAUCAAGAAGUUGAAACAAAAGAUAUGGAAAGUAAUGGUGAGAUUAUUAACUCAAAUAUUGAAGUAAUUCGUAGCAGAAGUCGAAGUAAUAGCAAUUUAGCAAAUGGUCUCAUACAUUCAAUUACAUUUACUAUAGCAAUGUCAUUUCAUUCGAUACUUGAAGGAAUUGCACUCGGUGUACAGGACGAAAAGUUUGGCAUUAUUACAUUGUUUAUAUCACUUCUGCUGCAUAAAGGUAUCGAAGCAUUUAGCGUUGGCCUACAAAUUUCACGGACAAUUGCGCAACAAGUUAAAAUUGUUAUUGCAACAAUAACUAUUUAUUCAUUAAUGACACCAAUUGGAUCAUUUGCUGGAUUAAUUUUACAGAGUGUUAAUAUGAAUGAAUCUUGGCGACAAGGUAUUAUAAUGGUUCUUGAAGGAAUUGCUAUUGGAACAUUCAUUUUUGUGACAUUUUUAGAGGUUUUAUUUGAACAAAGAAAUGAUUCAAAAGCAAUAAGAGAAGAAAUAAUUGCAAUUGCAUUAGGUGUUUUAACAAUUAGUGGUUUUCAAUAUUUUGAAGGAAAUUUUCGUACUAUGGAUCAGCAGAAUAUAAUUAAUUCAAAUUCUGCCAAAUAA